CGCAGCAACUGGAUUGAGAUUUUUUUGGAAUUCUUGUUAGUCUACACAAAACGCCAAAGCGCAGCGGACGUGUGAACACGAGCAACGGUAGAAACGUGCAACGGUAAACGGCCAACGGCCAACGGCGAAUGGCUAAAACGUAAACGUGCCCAAUUUGAAUACGCGUGUGGGCGGCAUUCAAUCAAUUUGCUGCGCUGUGAUAUAAAUUAAAUUACAAACAAAAAAAAAUAAAAUAAAAUGCAGCUUUAGCAACAAAAAACCAAAACAAAACUACAAAAUAAACAAUAUUCUGCAACAAUUGACAGUGCAAAAUGGUGAAAAUCGUUGACGAGAUCAACGCACAUCAUCAUCAUCCACACAAUCACGCGCCGCACACACACCAUCCACAGCCGCAUCCACACCCGCAUCCGCAUCCACAUCCACAUCCGCAUCUCAGUGCCGUCGGCGCAUUGAAUCUGAAUCUGAACUUGACGCCGGCCACGCUGCUCAUGAAAAUGGCGCGAACGCCGCAUCUGAAGUCCAGUUUCUCGAUAAAUGCCAUAUUGCCGGAGACGGUGGAGCAGGAUGAGCAGCGGGAGCAGGAGGAUCAACAGCAGGCGGCACAAAAGUUUAACAACAACAAUAACAAUAACAACAGCAACAACAACAAUAGCUCACCGUUGGGCUCGGAGCCGGACAGCGAUGUGGAAUCGGAUUUGGAUGUCACCUCCAUGUCGCCAGCGCCGCCCGCAGCCGAGGACGAACACGAACCCGAUGAUGAAGAUGCGGAUGCAGAUGCAGAUGCAGAUGUAGAUGCAGAGGCGGAUGGAGAUGGCGAUGGCGAUGAGGAUGUGGAAUGUGAUAACGAUUCGGAGACGAAAUCAACGGACGGCAAACCCAUCAAGGAUAAGAAGGGCAACGAGAAGCCGCCGUAUAGCUACAAUGCGCUGAUCAUGAUGGCCAUCCGGCAGAGCCAGGAGAAGCGUCUGACCUUGAAUGGCAUCUACGAGUACAUCAUGACCAAUCAUCCGUAUUAUCGGGACAACAAGCAGGGCUGGCAGAACUCCAUACGCCACAAUCUCAGCCUGAACAAGUGCUUUGUGAAGGUGCCGCGACACUAUGAUGAUCCCGGCAAGGGCAACUACUGGAUGCUCGAUCCGUCGGCGGAGGAUGUCUUCAUUGGCGGCUCCACCGGCAAGCUGCGGCGUCGCACCACCGCCGCCAGCCGCUCCCGCCUGGCGGCCUUCAAGCGCUCCCUCAUCGGACCCAUGUUCCCCGGCCUGGCGGCAUAUCCGCAAUUCGGACAGUUCCUCACCUAUCCGCAGGCGGCGCCCAGCCUGCUGGCCAGCAUGUAUCAGCGCUACAAUCCGUUUGCGCCCAAGAACCCGGCUGCGGCGGCGGGCCUGCUGCCCGGUGCCCAGCACCGGGCCCGCCGCCGCCGCCGCCGUUCGUUAGCCCCGCCAGCAGCCAGGAGCUGUACCAGCGUCUGCAGUAUCAGCAGCUGCUGCAUCAGCAUGCCGCUGCCGCCGCUCUGGCGGCGCAUCAAAGGCAACUGA